UUCUUAGCCUGGUAUCUAGACGCAAAAUUUCCGCGCGUUCGUCGGUGAAAGUUUGCAAAUCAAAGAAGGGUGGCGGGAGCAGUUCUCAGUCCGGUUCUGUUGUGAGGAAGUGCCAUUGUUAGGAGUUUAGAAGUUAGAAACGCAGCAGCCACUGAUAAGUUUUCGUGGCAGAUUUCACGGAAGGAUUGCUUCUACAACUGGCUUGCAGGCAUGGAUCAUAAACGACACAACGGCAGCCGUCUCAUGGGUGGUCCAUCCCAGGCCAAACGGGGUAAAACAAUGGGUGAAUGGGAGGACAGUCCUUCGCAGUUUGAAGAGGAGUUGUCCAUGUUUGAAGAAGCAGAUAUGGAUGCAGAGGAAAUGGAGGGGCAGGCGGGACACGAUGUUAUUCCAGUAGGUGACCUUUUCUCAGCAGACCUAAACCCUCGCUGGCGACGUCCUCCUGCCCCCUCACUGGACCCAUCAUCUGAUACUCUGGUGUUCCAGCAGAUUGAUCUGGACUACUAUUUGGGGGAAACGGUAGCGGGCAUGCCCGGUCAGUCGCAAGGAAAAGUGCCAAUCAUUCGGAUGUUUGGUGUAACAGACAAUGGCAACAGCGUGUGCUGCCAUGUUCACGGCUUUGCCCCUUACUUCUACGUCCCUGCUCCAAAUGGGUUCAUGUCUGCUCACCUGGUGGAAUUUAAAAAGGAGCUGAACUCUGCUGUCCUGAAGGACAUGCGCUCCAAUAAGGACAAUAUCUCAGUCACAGUGUUGGCUGUGGACAUCACCCGCAAAGAGAGCAUGUAUGGUUACCAUGGGAAACGCAUUAUCGAUUUCUUGCGGAUAACCAUGGCGAUGCCUCGUCUCAUCGCCCCCGCAAAGAGACUGCUGGAACAGGGCUUUAAGUUUGCCCAUUUCCCUACCAGCAAUUACCAAUCCUACGAGGCCAACAUAGACUUUGAAAUCAGGUUUAUGGUGGACAGCAACGUGGUGGGUUGCUGUUGGAUUGAGCUCCCAAAAGGGAAGUACAGAGUGCGCGAAGAGAAGAGCACGGGUAACACGAGUUCUCAGUCCCCAGGAAAGGCCUCCUUGUGUCAGUAUGAGGUGGAUGUGGGAUGGAAGGAUCUGAUAAGUCACCCUGCAGAGGGAGAGUGGCAGAGGAUUGCACCACUCAGAGUCCUCAGCUUUGACAUAGAGUGCGCAGGAAGAAAAGGAAUCUUCCCUGAACCGGACAAAGAUCCUGUGAUUCAAAUUGCAUCUAUGGUGCAGCGUCAGGGUGAAACGGAGCCCUUCAUUCGCACAGUCUUCACCCUGCAGUCCUGCGCCAGCAUCGUUGGCUCUCAGAUACUGUGCUUUACACAAGAGACGAAGUUACUGCAGAGCUGGGCUGAGUUUUUGAGGACUGUUGAUCCGGACAUUAUUACUGGCUACAACAUCCAAAACUUUGACUUUCCGUACUUGCUCAACAGGGCAGCUGCUUUAAAGGUGAAUUAUUUUCCGUACUUGGGCCGAGUGCGAGGCAUCAAAUCAGUUUUGAAAGACUUGAAUUUUCAGAGCAAGCAGAUGGGCCGCAGAGAAAACAAGACCAUUAACAUGGAGGGCCGUGUUCAGUUCGACCUGCUGCAGGUUCUUCUCAGGGAUUAUAAGUUGCGCUCAUACACAUUGAACGCUGUGAGUUUCCACUUUUUGCAAGAGCAGAAGGAGGAUGUGCAGCACUCAAUCAUCACUGAUUUGCAGAAUGGAAAUGAACAGACGCGCCGUCGUUUGGCAGUCUACUGUCUGAAAGACGCCUAUCUGCCCCUGCGCCUGCUGCAGAAGCUAAUGUGUGUGAUUAACUACAUGGAGAUGGCCAGAGUGACCGGUGUGCCUCUCACGUACCUGCUCUCACGAGGCCAGCAGAUCAAAGUAGUCUCUCAGCUGCUGCGACAGGCCACAAAACAGGAUCUGGUAAUGCCCGUUGUAAAGACAGAAGGAGGCGAGGACUACACUGGAGCUACUGUCAUUGAGCCAGAGAAAGGAUAUUACAGCCUUCCCAUUACCACAUUGGAUUUCUCCUCCUUGUAUCCGUCCAUCAUGAUGGCUCACAAUCUGUGCUACACCACUCUGCUGCAGAAAGGCUCAGUGGAGAAACUGGGCCUGGCUCCCGAGGACUUCAUCAAGACUCCAACAGGCGAUCUCUUUGUGAAGAGUUCUCUAAGAAAGGGACUUCUCCCAGAGAUCCUGGAAAACCUGCUGUCUGCCCGAAAGAGGGCCAAAGCAGAGCUAAAAAAGGAAACAGACCCCUUCAAGAAGCAGGUGCUGGACGGCCGACAGCUGGCCCUCAAAAUCAGCGCGAACUCUGUGUAUGGCUUCACGGGGGCCCAAGUGGGCAAACUGCCCUGCCUAGAGAUCUCACAGAGUGUCACUGGUUUUGGAAGACAGAUGAUUGAGCAAACCAAGCAGCUGGUGGAGUCUAAGUACACACUUUCCAAUGGCUACCAGGCUGACGCCAGGGUAAUUUAUGGAGACACGGACUCUGUCAUGGUAAAGCUCGGAGUUGCAACAGUAAAAGAGGCCAUGGAUAUCGGGAGAGAGGCGGCCGAGUGGGUAUCAUCCCAUUUCACACCACCCAUCAAACUGGAGUUUGAGAAGGUGUACUACCCAUAUCUGCUGAUCAAUAAGAAGCGCUACGCAGGCCUGUAUUUCUCCUCCAGUGCAAGCACGCAUGACAAAAUGGACUGCAAAGGUAUUGAGACCGUCCGCAGAGACAACUGCCCUCUGGUGGCUAACCUCAUCAACACCUGUCUGCAGAAAAUCCUCAUAGACAGGGAUCCCCAGGGGGCCGUGGAACACGCCAAAGAGGUGAUCUCAGACCUGCUCUGCAAUCGCAUCGACAUCAGCCAGCUGGUCAUCACCAAGGAGCUAACGCGCACUGCCCAGGAGUACGCUGGCAAGCAGGCGCACGUGGAGCUAGCAGAGAGGAUGAGGAAAAGAGAUGCAGGUAGCGCCCCCAACCUGGGAGACAGAGUCCCAUAUGUCAUCAUCAAGGCUGCGAAGGGAGCAGCGGCAUACAUGAAGUCAGAGGACCCCAUCUACGUGCUGGAGAACAACAUUCCCAUUGACACACAAUACUACCUGGAGCAGCAGCUGUCCAAACCUCUGUUGAGAAUAUUUGAGCCCAUCCUGGGAGAGAGCAAAGCAGAAAGCAUCCUGCUCAAGGGCGACCACACACGCUGUAAAACUGUGUUAACCUCAAAGGUUGGAGGCCUCAUGGCGUUUGCUCAGAAGAGAAGCACCUGUAUUGGCUGCAAAGCUGUGCUCAAGACAGAUGCGGCCGUGUGUGAUUUCUGCAAGAAGAAAGAAUCUGAGCUCUACCAAAAAGAGAUCUUUCACCUGAAUGCGCUGGAGGAGCGUUUCUCUCGCUUGUGGACUCAGUGUCAGCGCUGUCAAGGCUCACUCCAUGAAGAUGUGCUGUGCACCAGCCGGGAUUGUCCGAUCUUCUACAUGAGGAAAAAGGUUCAGAAAGACCUGGACGACCAGAGCAAGCUGGUGUCUCGUUUCGGAUGGUGAGGGAGACGCUAGCUCGCUGCGAUCGCUCAUGUGCCUAAUUUCAGACGACCUUUCACUGUAUUUUCUUUUGUUAAAAAAAAAAGAAAUGCAUAUAUAUGACUAUUUUUUUUUUUUUAUGUUUUCUAAUAUGAAUAAAUGACAAUAAGUAGAGUUUUGUAAAAUAAAA